UGUGUGUGUGUGUCCAUAGAGAAGAGGGGCAGGCAGACCGCCUUUGGAAGGGCCCCUUGCGCCAGACAUUAGCAGUGGCUUGCAGAUUACUCGCUCUAUCUGAUCCACAUCUUGGACGGCGCAGUGUUGUAGAGGCCGGAACUCGGUCAGGCGGCCGCAGUUUUCCAGCAUCCUCCUCCUCCCUCUUGAUUCGAGCACGUACCGGACGAGUCGUUUCGGCUCACACGCCCGUCGCUUCUUCUCUGCGUUCCGGUGUCUCCACCGCAGGGCCUCCUCUUCAGUUUUUACAAGGAGGGGGAAAAGUGGGUGUUUGCUGCUCACUGGUGUUUCGGCAGCGGCGGCGUGAAGUGUCCUCAAUGGCAGGCUGGAAGGACGGCUCGGUGCAGGAGAAGUACCGUCUGGUCGUGGUUGGAGGCGGAGGAGUCGGAAAAUCAGCCCUGACGAUCCAGUUUAUUCAGUCCUACUUCGUCACAGACUAUGACCCCACCAUCGAAGACUCCUAUACCAAGCAGUGUGUGAUCAACGAAAGGCCGGCCAGGCUCGACAUCCUCGACACGGCUGGACAGGAAGAGUUUGGAGCCAUGAGAGAACAAUACAUGAGGACAGGGGAGGGCUUCCUGCUCGUCUUCUCAGUCACUGACAGAGGAAGCUUUGAAGAAAUCUACAAAUUCCAAAGACAGAUUCUUCGGGUCAAAGACCGAGACGAAUUUCCCAUGAUCCUCGUAGGAAACAAAGCAGAUCUGGAUCUACAGAGACAAGUAACCCAGGAAGAGGGCCAGCAGCUGGCCAGACAGUUAAAGGUCACGUAUAUGGAGGCUUCAGCCAAAAUCCGAAUGAACGUAGACCAAGCUUUCCACGAGCUGGUUAGAGUAAUCAGGAAAUUCCAAGAACAAGAAUGUCCACCGUCACCAGAGCCUACGAGAAAAGAGAAAGACAAGAGUGGCUGCCAUUGUGUGAUCGUCUGAUUAUUAUUUUUUGCCUUAUCACUGUAACUCAUGCAGCUACUCUGCCACCCCCACCCACUCUGCCUGACUUCACAUCCCACGUGGAUGACUGACCGCUGCCUUCUCUAUGUGCAUGACUUCAGACAGCCUUCUCUGAGAUCCUCAGACCAGGAAAUGCUGUUUCCAGGACAUCGCUAUGGACAACUGACAAUGCCAAAAUGUUAUCACCACUCUACCUUCAGUUGCAAUCCAAUUCACUCCAUAAGAGUACCAACACUAAAACAUUGCCUUCUAAAGCAGCCAGACAAAUUCAUGUUUUGUACUCUGAAGGACUCCUCUUGCGUUUUAGUGACAUUUGUACUUGCUACCGAGAUUGAAUGGAACCUAUGUAUCCAGAAUGUUGAUUACUUUGACGUUUCUGGUGUCUGAACCGAGCAGAGAGAGAUUAUCUUAUGAAGCUUUGUGUGCGUCGUGCCAUAAUCCCUCUUUUACUCCCAUGUGCUAAUCUGCUACUGUACAUAUGUGACAUUUGUUGUGAUUUACAAAGUGUAUUUCUAAUGACCUAUUAAAUCCCCAACGUGCAGUGUGUGAGGUUGAGUUGGGUUUUACAUAAAAGAAACUUAAUAUGUACAUAAGUAAGAUUCCUAGAUAUCUUUUAAUGAAAUACUGGCACGUUUCUGGCAUUCUGCAGUGGAUUUUUUGUGGGUUUAGCCUUUUUCAAUAGCCAUGUAUGGACUGUUGAAUUUUUUUUAAGUCUUAUAUAAUGAAUGAUUGUAUUCCAUUUCCUCCGAGUACUGAAAGUAGCAAAUUUUCUUCUCAAGGAAGGUGGACGUCUUUUAUUAUUUCUUUCCUAAAGUCCUCGAAGCAGUGGAGACAGAAAUGACGAGUAGCACAUUGUGUAGCUUUAAUACCUGAUUUCACGUGGAAACACUGGACUCUGUUCGCUCUGUACUAAACUUCUGACAAACCGUUAACUUUUGUUGCAAAUCAAGACACUUUUUUUUUAAGUUUAGAUCAUUCCACUGAACUGCUCUGUUCAGAUCUGAUAUCCAUCAUGUUGCUGCUGAAAAUAUUCAUUUCAUGUCCUCUGAAUAAAUGCGCAACUCAAAUUUCAGUCCCGCUACAGAAGCCUUGAGAUCGGGACACGACCUGAGGAGUUCUCGUCGCUUCAGGUGCGUCGUACAAAGUUCUUCCCUUUUCCACUCGGGUACUUCUGUUCAGGCUUUCUAAUGAAGUACUGCAGUUUCUUUAGCAUUUCGCCAUCUUGUAUUAUAAACAAGAAAAUCAGAUCAUGGUCAAUGGACUUGAUCCAAUGUUUCUACUCUACUUUUAUACAUUAUUUUCUUAUCAAACUAGCCGAUAAGUAUUUUUAUAUGUUUAUAGGUGAACACAUUUUCACAGCACAGCUGUGUUUAUAUGUAAAGAAAAUGGUAUUUAAUUAUCUUGAUUGUUUUGAACUGAAGAUGAUUGCUGGCCCAAACUUGAAAGAUUGGAUUCUCAUUGUAAGUGUUUCCAAGUUUUUUUUUUUUUUUCUUUCAUAUUCUUGGUUUUAAAAAGGAAAAAAAAUAUAUUUAUCAUGAGGUUAUUAUCACCAGGUGGACUGGAGCGGCUUUUGAAUUGAUUGUGGUGUCUGAAUGAAUCAAGAGUUUGUGUUAAAGCCCCUCGUUUAUUUUUUUGCAGACAUUGUACAUCUACAACAUCCUGUUUUGUUUCUGGUGUCUUCCACACAAGUGUCUUUUUUGCAUGUGUCUAGCUUUUGUUGCUAAAUAAAAUCUGUCGUUAAGCCA